CGCCUUUUGCCUACUCCUAAACCCCAACGACGCCGAGACGAAAUCCAACGCCCCGCAGGCCCCCCCACACACUGACGCGGCAGGCGCGGAAAGCGAGACGCCUCCACCGCCCCUGCUUCCCGCCUCCCCUCGAGGCGCGACCAAGCAACAAGCGCCCAAACCCAAGCGUCCGGCGCCCCCCGCGCCACCUUGAAGCAAGCGCCCGCGCCACUCAGGAUUUGAAGGGGGAAUGGUGGCGGCGUCGCUGGACGCAAUGGCGGGGACGCGGUGGGGGCGGUGGCUGGGGCUCGUGGUGGCGGUGUGGGUGCAAUGCAUCUCCGGCAACAACUACACCUUCUCCAACUACUCCGACUCGAUCAAGACGCUCAUGGGCCUCACGCAGCUGCAGCUCAACGGCCUCUCCGUCGCCAAGGACGUCGGCAAGGCGUUCGGCCUCCUCGCCGGCCUCGCCUCCAACCGCGUGCCCACAUGGCUCCUCCUCGCCAUCGGCUCCCUCGAGGGGCUCCUCGGGUACGGCGUGCAGUGGAUGGUCGUCUCCAAGACCGUCGCGCCGCUCCCCUACUGGCAGAUGUGCGUCUUCCUCUGCCUCGGCGGGAACAGCACCACGUGGAUGAACACCGCCGUGCUCGUCACGUGCAUCCGCAACUUCCGGCAGAGCAGGGGCCCCGUGUCUGGGCUGCUCAAGGGCUACGUCGGCCUCAGCACGGCAAUCUUCACCGAUGUCUGCUCCGCGCUGUUCGCCGACGACCCCGCGUCCUUCCUCGUCAUGCUCGCCGUCGUGCCGGCCGCGGUCUGCGCGGUCGCCAUGGUGUUCCUCCGCGAGGGGCCGGCCGACGGCGCGACCGGGGACGAGGAGGAAGAUGGGCGCUGCUUUGCGGCGAUCAACUCGCUCGCCGUGGCCAUCGCACUGUACCUCCUCGCCGCCGACCUCACGGGCAUCGGCGGCGGCGGCGGGGUCAUCUCGGCCGUCUUCGUGGUCGUGCUCCUGGUACUUCUCGCGUCCCCGGCCUCCGUGCCGGCGCUCUUGGCGUGGAAAUCGUGGAUGAAGACGCGCAAGGCCGCGAACGCCGACCUCGAGGAGGCGGACUCAGCCGCCUCCGCAACCGCGCCACUCCUCCUCACGGCGAAGGCCGCGGAGAGGAAUGAGGAGGCGCCGGGCCCCGGCGAGCGGCCGCGGCUCGGGGAGGAGCACACGAUCGCGCAGGCACUGACGUCGCUGGACUUCUGGCUGAUGUUCGCGUCGUUCCUGAUGGGCGUGGGCACGGGGCUGGCCGUGAUGAACAACCUGGGGCAGAUGGGCGUAGCCAUGGGCUACGCCGACGUCUCCCUCUUCGUCUCCAUGACCAGCAUCUGGGGCUUCUUCGGUCGUAUCGCCUCCGGCACCAUCUCCGAGCACUUCAUCAAGACAAGAGCGAUUCCACGUCCACUGUGGAACGCGGCGUCGCAAGUCUUGAUGGCCGUGGGCUACAUCGUGAUGGCGCUGGCCAUGCCAGGCUCCCUCUUCAUCGGCUCGGUCGUCGUCGGCGUCUGCUACGGCGUCCGGCUGGCGGUCACCGUGCCGACGGCGUCCGAGCUGUUCGGGCUCAAGUACUACGGCCUCAUCUACAACAUCCUCAUCCUCAACCUGCCCCUCGGUUCCUUCCUCUUCUCGGGCCUGCUGGCCGGCCUCCUCUACGACGCUCAGGCCACCGCGGUGCCGGGUGGCGGCAACACCUGCGUCGGCGCGCACUGCUACCGCCUCGUGUUCGUGAUCAUGGCGCUCGCCUGCGUCGUCGGGUUCGGCCUGGACGUCCUGCUCUGCGUCAGGACGAAGCGGGUGUACGCCAAGAUCCACGAGAGCAAGAGGACCAACAGGUCCGCAGUGGUGCAGAGGGUGAGUUGAGUACUGCUCGAAGGAAAUUCAAAGGAACAGUUCGCGCCAUUAAUGUUGUAAUUCAGCAGCAGCAUUCUGGAGGUACAGAUCCUGAUUUUUUUUGUGUGAAUAAGGGCAUUCAUGUCUUGAUUCUUUGGUGGACAAGACG